UGCACUGCACUGCCAACGUAUGCAAACAGGAACAUGGCUACCGGUGCUUAACAUCAGCAGCCUAUCAUUACAAUACACUUAUGUUGACCUGACACAGCCUGUGACAAUAUAGUAUUCGCUGUGCCUCUGUCACAGAAGAAGAGCCUUCUCAGAGUUCAUCGGUGGAGCAGCAGAGCUUCUGAAAACAGCUUAUUCGUUGUUCAUAAAUCACAGACAGUGUGGGUCAACAUGGCGAGUCCAAGGACCAGAAGAGUUCUGAAGGAAGUGAGAACCCAAGAUGAGAAUAAUCUAUGUUUUGAGUGUGGCGCUUUUAACCCUCAAUGGGUUAGUGUGACCUAUGGGAUCUGGAUUUGUCUUGAGUGCUCUGGCAAGCAUAGGGGCCUGGGAGUACAUCUCAGUUUUGUGCGCUCUGUCACCAUGGACAAGUGGAAAGAUAUUGAGCUUGAGAAGAUGAAAGCGGGAGGAAAUGGAGUAUUCCGUAUAUUUCUUGAACUCCAAGAUGAUUAUGAUCCCACCUGGACGUUACAGGAGAAAUAUAACAGCAAAGCUGCUGCACUCUUUAGAGACAAGGUUGCAACUUUAGCAGAGGGUAAGGAGUGGUCCAUUGAGACAUCCCCUGCCAGAAACUGGACAUCUCCUCAACCCAAGACCAGCCUUUCAUCCUCUCAUCGCUCUGGAGGACCUGGACAAAGCUCAGCAAAGUCUAGCGACAAAGCUUUUGAAGACUGGUUGAGUGAUGAUGUCAACUCAUAUCAGAGUGGAGGGGGCUAUAGUGGGAAUCAAGAGAAUCGGUAUGUUGGCUUUGGCAACACAGUGACCCCAGAGAAGAAAGAGGAUGACUUCAUCAACAAUGCCAUGUCUUCUAUUUAUUCAGGCUGGAGCAGCUUUGCUGUUGGAGCAAGCAAGUUUGCUUCUAUUGCUAAAGAUAAUACAUCUAAACUUGCAAACCAAGCAACCUUAAAGGUAAAAGAUGGCACAUUUCUAGACGAAGUGACAGUCGGCAUCACUGGGCUGGCAACCAAGGUUCAGGGAGCUGGUUCAAAAUUGACUAAUCUCUUCUCGGGAAAACCGGAGGAUGGGUCUACCGGAGAGAGCUACCAGAACAUGGAUGCCACUGAGGGAUAUCAGGGCAGUUCUAGUCAGCCGGUCUCAAAGGACUUUUGGGAAACCUUUGGCAGCAGCAACUCCUUAAAGGCCAAGAAAUCACCCAGCAGUGACAGCUGGACCGUCGCAGAUAAUCCUGCAAAGAAGAGCUCUGACAGUUGGGACAAUUGGGGCUCCGAAGCAGCGUCCAACAACAAACACAGCACAGAGGAGAGCUGGGAAGCCUGGGAAAACAACUGGGAAAACGCAGAUGGUAAGACGAAGAAAAGCCCCACGAAACCUGCUGAGGAAACCUGGGAUAAUGCAGACUGGUAGUGACCUCACAACCAUACAUCCCCUCACCCUUUUCCCCACUCUGGCCUUUUCCUUCUGUUUUUCUCGCCGCUAAUCUCACUGGCACUUUUAGGGAAAUAGCUGUCAGCUUAGUUCCUAUCAAUCCAUUCAAAGUAUAUUUAUUAUAAACCCAAGAAACAAUAAAUGAAGCCCAGAGUUAAGUUUUGCACAUUGUUUAAGGUUUAUUCUUAAUGUACAACUAUACUGACUUGCAGUCAUGUAUUUUAUUGUAAAUUGCCUUCAUCACCAGGAAGUGAUAGAUAUGGUCAUAACUUUCGGCCUGGGCUGCCCAAGCAUAAUACUCAACAAUGAAUACGCCAGUGUUGUGGGAUUAUUGAUAAACCGAUGCAUGACGGAGAAAAUCUGACACUGUAAAUAUAAAUUCUUGUAAAUACAGUGAUUGACUAAACAUUAAUGACAUGAUAUUCUGUUUGUUCAAUCAAAUUAAUUUGUUUUGCCCAUGGACCUUUUGCACAUUUUGUUCUCGUACACAUAUUUUGAAAAAGCAUUUUUUUAUUACAUUUGAUUCCUUUCCCUGCUGUAGUCACAAUGUGUUUAUAUCAAAUCAAAGGAACAAACAACCACUCACAAACUGGCUUUUAUUUAUCAAGUCUGUGAAUUCGUACCAUUUAAAUGAAAUAAAUAUUCUAAUGAGUUGGAACUACAGUAAUUUACCUUUUUGUAGUAUUGUUUUUUUUAUUUAUAUUUAAAUGUGCAAAUAGUCAAUGGGUUUGAAAAUAGAGCUGUGGAUACAUUACCAUGUUUUUAAGAGCAGACAAUGGACUUGAUGGUUAACAGUUGACUUUGGUGUUGGGCUAUACAAAAUAAACUGAAUUGAAUUGGUGUGUCCCAAAUGUAUCAAUAAUGGCCCCUUCUUUUUAAAAUGGUAAAAUGGUUAUGUUGGUGUUCACAUUGUCAUUUUGACUUUUUCUGAAAAUCUAUGUAUGGGCAUUUAACAUUAACUAAUUUGAAUUGGUUGAGACAAUAUCGUGAUUUUACUGUCACUCUUUUCCAUCUUCAACAUCAACAGCUGUCAACCUGUCAAACAAUCAUUACAAAAUUAAAAUAUUAUUUUUAGGCACAUCCCCCACAUAAUUUUAGGAUGUUUUGGGAUUAUGCAGCGCUUCAAGUAAUGUUACUUUAUACUUCAACAUUAAGUUAAGUUUCCACAUUGUUUUUUUUUUACUUUACAGCUUAAUCUAUUAGGGUUGAGAGUUGUCAAGCAAAAAUAUGCCAGAAACAGAAGGUCAGGAUAAACUGUAUUCCCUCACUCUUAUAAACCUAGCAGAAGAUCAGAAACAGUGAAUAAUUCCUCAUAUUUUGAAAGACACUUGUUGGAUCAGCAAUUAUUUAAUCCAUAAUAUCUCAAUCUUUUUUUUCAAGAUUUGAUAUUUUUAGAUAAUUUGUCAAGAUUAUAUAUAUAGUUUAUUGUAGAUAAUUCCUCAUUGCAUGAUGAUAUACUGUACAAACGAGUAUGGAGGUUGUGUUUCAAUAAGUUGACACCGAUGUUAACUGCAUGGUGUUGCCUGUAACUUGUGACCUGAACUGACUGGUCAUUGUACAUUUAUUCUCGUAUGAAGCAACUCUGUGUUCUCCACAUCUGGGUUAUUGCAACACCUUGGUCAUUAUGUGUUGUGAGGAGUUUUGUUUCACAGAUAUCUUCACACUUGUUAAUGAGGCUCAUUAUACGCUGGAUGCUUAGACGGUCAUAGCGCUCAAACACUUGUUAUGAAUUCAUUCGGCAGCUGCAGUCACAUUGUUCAUCGCAGAUGCAAAUGAAUCCUUAAAACACUCAUUGUUUUAAAAAUUGGAAGUGUAUUCUGUGAAAUUGUGUAGUUAACUUAAAAUUCAAACGAACCAUUGAGGUUUAGAACUACGACAAUUUGCAGAACCUGACUUUCCCAUGUGUGUGGCCUUUAAUUCCCAACAACAUGAGGUGUUGCAACUUAAUCAUACUUUAAAUGACUAAAGUUGAAUUUGCAUGCAAUAACCUACAGAUGCCCAGUCUUCAUAGAUGAUGCAAACCCCUCAAACUAAACUCGAGUUCAAUACACUUGAGCCAACUCCAGGUCUGGGUUAGAUUUUUUUGUUUAAAAUGUUACACCAAAAGGUAAAGUUCAAUGACUUGUAUGAGAAGACAUCUUUCCAUCUUUUGUUUGCACCUGAUUCUUUGAGGUUUGGUGUCUAAUCUUUGGCCAGUAGUUACUUAUUAACUGCUCAUAGAGCACUCUACCAUUGUAAUCAAGCUGCUGGAUUAUUUGUUAUUAAGGUGUUACAACACUUUGCUGUACCUCUGCAGGCAGUACUCCUCGGGCCUCAUGAUUAUUAAAGAUGCUAUUUUACUACUGCAGGUUUUAAUGUGGGAAAGCUAUUUCCUGGGAACUUUAUUCCAUGCCCAUUUCCUACCUCUAAGAAGUCUUCAGUUUACGGGGGAGUUUUUAGUAGGGGAACUUGUUUUUUCUGAACCUUCAGCAUUGUUUUGAUGUAGACCUUAUUGCAGGAGGCUUUGCUGUGGCUCUUCUUGUCUUUGAUGAAGGAAGUGUGUUAAAGCAAAGCAGCACAGAUGGGUCUACAGCCUUAGUGUGUUUUCAUGAUAAUACAAUGAUGUAAAAAUCA